UGGUGCAGAGGGAUGUCUGGAUUUGCUUGUAGUAACUUUCGUCCUAACUUUUGGCGACCUACGACAUGUUCUAACUGCCUGCGUCCCAAGUCGCGUCAUGAGAAAACCGAGGCAAAAGCGGAAAAUACUACACAAUACAGCGGGCAGCGGACGAAUGCAAAUACCGAAGCCUGCAGGGAUCGGAAAUCGGUUGGUGUAGUUAGUCCUUAUGCUGUUGUGGAAGUUCGCGGUGCUAAGCUUGUCGUCACAGGAUCCUCCUCUCGCAGCAACAGUUUUGACGAAGCACGACCGAAGAACUUGUUUAAGGGGAAAAGCCGUCGAGUUUCUACUAGUAUCAUUAGCAAAGCCUCUAAUUCAGCUCCUAAACGAAAAGCCCCUGCGCCGCCCAAUUCAAAUUCAAAAAAAGGCAGAUGCAGAAUACAGAUCUGAAGCAGUUGCAUCAAGAGUGCAGAAGAAGAUUGCACCAAAGAAACCUCCACGAACAUUCAGUACUUACCUAGAAGAUGUCACAAGCAUUCCAGAAGGUAGUGGUGUACGGUACAGUGUACUCAGAGAUUGCAGCAGUGAGCCAAGAGGAUGGGUGGAGGGAAAUUUGGCCUCUUUGAUGGCCGACACAGUGCAGCGUGUUUAUGCCAAGUUUGUGGAGCAUGUAGUGCGUCCUGACCCUUUGUGGGAACUUGGCUGGCAACACCUCUCACUACUUUCACCUAAUGUGGUUGCCUACAAGGGAUUACAAAUGAGCCUACAGAAACUUCCCAAGAAGGAAGAUGAGUGCACACAAAAUGACAUGAGGAUCUCUAAAUGCCUGUUUCCUCAUCCCAACCUAAACUUAGUUCGAGGUCUUCUUCCUCCACCGUCUCUCCCUUCUCUCUCCCAUUCAUCACGUUACCUCCUGCGAGACAGCUGCGGAAUUGGAACUCUUGCAGAGUUGCUGCCAAGACAUAGAGAGUCCUGUGCUCCUCAACAAACAAGGCAAUGGCUUCUUAUGUGUAUGAUACAGGUUCUGAGUGCUGUAGAGUUUAUAUAUAGUAGAGCUGUGUGCCACAGGGAUAUUGGAUUAGACUGCCUCCAUGUGACACAGUAUGGCGAACACUGGAUACUAAAGCUUGGUCGAUUUAACUAUGCUGUGCAUCGUCCAGGACCUUUGACAGCAAAAUCAUUUGUAUACAGUUACGAAGAACUACGCUGGCUUGGAGGAGCAGACUCUAGGCUUCCUCCAGAGAUACUCAACACUCCAGAAGAGGUCCAGACUUUGGAUUACAGUGGAACUGACAUUUUUGCCAUCGGCUGCCUUUUCUAUGAGUUUAUAGGACUAGAUAACCCAUUUGAAGUAAAUUCACAACUUGCUCACAAGCACUAUGAAGUAAGUGACCUGCCCAGUCUACCGCCUUGCAGGACUUCCACACAAAGACUUGCACAUUUGCUACUUAGUAGAGAUCCUCAGACUCGUCCUUCUCCCUCAACUGCUUUGCUACUCUGUCAAGCACUGCUAUGGCUUCCAGAGCACUGGCUCGACUCUAAAGUGACAGGACUACAGCUUCAGGAACAUCUUGACUAUGACAGAGGCAUUCUAGUGGCUUCCUUGGCGACAAUGGAUAUUCGUCCAGUCCCACUUCCUCAUGUCCUGCAAGCAAAUUUUCUUCAGAGGUGCAGGGUGCCUGACCUCCUGCUAGCAUUGCACCUUCUUAAAUAAUUGAAUACCAACUAAUUCAAGUUCUGUUCAGUGAUUUUGUUCAGAGAAGGGAUGUGUACUAAAAUUGAUACUUUAUAAAAAUUCACUUUUACAGUACAUUCAUUGAUUGAAUGGCGAGCAAAGCGAGCCUACCUAGUCAUCCAAAUGCAACAAUUCUCAUAUUUUUGUGAGCAAAGAGAGCCGUCCUAGUCUUCUGAAUGAAGACUUUUCUGUACGAAUACACACAGCCACUUUAUGCUCCUCAAACUGGCUAAUAGUAUUCAACAAUGUAUCACGGUUGGUGGCUGUCCGUGAUUUAGAAUCACGUACAACCUUGCGGCAUAGCCGGAUAAAAAAUAGGCGUUGGCAGGGAUCGCUUCGCUCACCAAUUAUUGUACACGAGAGGACAAAACCACGUCCCCUGGUUCAAGGUGUUUUAUGCACUGCAUGCCAGACACAAUGGCAUGGUAUGAUUACAAAAUAAUUGUAUAGUAUAGCGU